AAGAAUUGUGUGAUCAUGACUAGAUGUAUCAAGUGUAAUUGAUACCCUGUUGGUUGUUCUUAAGACCGAAACUUGAAAGCAACAGCUGAGCUGAGAGUAUUUAAAUGUACAAUCACAUGGCUAGUUGAAUGCUAAUACUCUGUUGUGUUUUCUCUGGAGUCGAAACUUCGCCAAUCGUGAAUCUGUGUCUUGUGUUAUGUAGGUUAGGUGUUUCCUGAAAUUUAUAGUGUGUGAUUCAUAUUAUCAUGAGAGACUUGAAGAUUUAAUUUUAUAACCAAUGCCAUUAAUAUGUCAUUUGUAAGAAGAACAGCUAUGAACUUGUUGACUUCUUUUAUGAAAUACAAUUGUGGUAGGUGUAACCAAGUUUAUUCAUCACUUAAGCAAUUAACAAUUCCAAAACAGCACUUUCAUACUUCUUCUUUAAUUUUUCAUGGUGAAUAUGAAUGGCAAGAUCCUAAAAAUGAAGAAGAUGUUGUUAAUGUAACUUAUGUGGACAAAGAUGGAAACAAAAAGUGUGUACGUGGAAAAGUUGGUGAUAACCUUUUGUACUUGGCUCAUAGGCAUGAAAUUGAAAUGGAAGGAGCCUGUGAAGCUUCCCUAGCUUGCACAACCUGUCAUUGUUAUGUUCAAGGAGAUUAUCUGUCAAAGUUACCAUCUCCAGAUGAACUAGAGGAGGACUUAUUAGAUUUAGCUCCAUUUUUAAAAGAUAAUUCAAGACUGGGUUGCCAAAUUAUUUUAACUAAAGAAUUGGAUGGCAUUGAAGUACAUUUACCGAAAGCUACCCGCAAUUUUUAUGUUGAUGGGCAUAAACCGAAGCCUCACUAAAAUCUAAUUAUCAAAGACUAUUCAUAGUGAUUUAAAUCAAUAGUAAUCUAUAGUAAAUUAGGCUUUAGUAUACUAGGGUUAUCCUUCAAAUACCAUAGGUGUGAAACUGUCUCUGAAACCUCAAGUGUAAAACUUCUUUAAAAUUAGGUAAGUUUCCUUGGAUCAA